UGUUAGGUUUGAAAACCCUUCAAUGGUUUGACGUGUUGUUUUUCUUGUGCUCAUGAAAUUCUUUAAUUUUUGUGUUUCUAUCGUGCUUGGAAGGUAGUUUAUCGGCUAAAAGUGACCCCCAGAUCUUGGGGGAUGUGCAAUCAGUGAAAUUUCGAGAUUUUCAUUGCGUGUAAUGCGAGUUUUCUUUGCAGUUCUGUGAGUGUUUAGUGCACGAUCAUUGUGACCUAUAUCUCAGGAGGUGGUUUUAAGGGGCCAAGCAGUAGGAUGAGUUGGCUGCGAUCGAGCCCACUGCGUCAGAGCUUCACAAAUUCCAGUCGUUCCGGAGGAGUGAAGCUCGAUAAUGCCACAGAACUCGAUCCGGGAGCAUGCUACGACAGCUUCUGCAAACACUGGCAGCAGGCUUAUGAUGUGAUUCAGCGUUCAGAGGGCACAAAUGUCCCAUCUCACGAUGACAUCCUGAGUGUGGUGAAUCAUCUGGAUCAGAUGGUGACAUUUCUGCUGGUGGAACUUAUUCACUGCAACAAAGUGUCCCUGCCAAGCCCACCACAGACCUUCAACAGCCAGCAGACACAGAGUCAACCGUCAGCACCUUGCCUUGAGUUCAUGCUGAGCAAGAACAUUCUCAACAAAUUGUUCGACUGGGGCAAGUCCACGGGUCGAUAUGCCAAUGCCGUCCUCCUGGAACAGCUCAAGUUCUACGAGCAACUGGUUAAUCAUUCGCGCCAUCAGUUGCUCGUCCAUGAGCCCUUCCUGAGACCUCUGCUGAAAAUUCUUGCCUCCAGUCAUGGCGAAAUCUUCCCCAUGGACGUUGCUAAGCGCUUUGUCGUCCUCCUGCAUCAGCUCUGCGUUGUCCUAAUGCAAAAUGUCCACCUCCUGGACUUGUUCUUCGUCUCUGGGCAGACCAGUGAACACGGACAAGCAAACUUCAUCAUUUUCUCUCUCCUGAUCCCCUACAUCCAUCGAGAGGGCCUCGUAGGGCACAAAGCCCGCGAUGCUCUGCUGCUGUGCAUGGCUCUAUCGCAAAAGAAUGAAAAUGUCCGGACGUAUAUCGAACAAUAUUCCUCAGUGUGCCCAGUUCUGGUAACUGGACUCGGUGGUCUCUAUUCCCUCCUGCCCACGACAAUCGAUACAAAUUCAACGACUGAUUGGCAUCGUAUAACGCCAGAUGAUGUCGCCGAGAUGAACGAACUGACGCUUUUUAUGAGUUCUCUAGAGUUCUGCAAUGCCGUGGUUCAGGUGGCUCACGAGGUAAUAAAGCACCAAUUAUUGGAUUUCAUGUAUCAAGGCUUUGUUGUACCUGUUCUGGGUUCAACACUUCUACAGAUAUUCAAUGGCAGUCCUUUGCAGACAAAUAUCGAAGCACAAGUAUCCACAAUGGCGUAUUUUGAUUUAAUCCUUCGUUCUGUCACCGAACCCGGCCUCUUGAGUAUUUUCAUUAAAUUCCUGCUGGAUGAGGAGAAAUUCGAUGGACAGCGAAUAAUUGAUAUUCUCGUUGAGAGGAUCAAUUCAACCGAUACAAGGCUCUGUUUGAUAUCCCUGUCGGUCUUUGAUACACUCCUAUCGCUCAAUAAUGAAGAAAUUGUUGUGGAAUUGGUAUUGAAGUAUUUAACUCCUUGUCAGCAUAUUCCAACAUCAUAUCGACAUCGAAUUAAUAAAAUUAGUGCUUUGGCUGACUCAGCGGAGAAUUUUCUGGAUUUGGCGCCGGAAAUUAUGAAGCAUGUGGAUAGAACAAAGAAAAAUCCGUCCAAUGCAAGUGUCACAGAGUCACCAAAUAAAUCCAUGGGCAAUUGCCAGUGGAAUCACUAUAGUUUGCACAUAGAUGAUACACUAUAUUCAAAUUACCAUGCAUAUCUAUUUGAUGUACGUCACAAAAUAAUUUUGUGCAGAAAUGCCUGUGAUCUGUGGGUGAAUUCCUACAAAUACCAAAAUAUUUCAUCACCCAAGAGGACGCACAACACAGAUCAUCUCAUUGAUAUCAUCAGAAAGUACGUGGCAGAUUGCAAAAGUGAGAAUUGUGCAGAUGAAAAGACAAAACACGACAGCUUGCAGUCGUUGGCUGAAAGUAGUGGAUAUGAGAGUUUUCGGGAGAGGCCAGAUGAUGAUUUGGCAAUUGUAACAAAUGGUGAUCAUACAGAGAUUAGCAAUACGCGAAAGUUCUGGAAAGAAUCCAGGAAUUUCAGUGAACCUGAAACUGAGUUAAAUUUCUCAGAGGAUCUUUUUACACAAGGAACCGCUCAUUUAGGUUCAUUUCUAGGUGCAAUAUUUGGAAAGUUGCAGACAUUCACGAGCAACAAUUUGUACAUAAAUCUGCAUUUGAGUGGACUGAUAAGUCGACUCUCGUGGUAUCCAUUUCCGCUCAUUCAGUCCAUUUUUCUGCGUUUCGACAUCCCAACAACGACUGAUAUUCCAUCCUUCUAUCAAGUGCUUCAGAUUCUGAAGCAACAGCUCGACGCUGAACUUCCGGUGGACAAUGAGACGCUGGAAAUUGUGGAAAAUGCCAAAGCAUUUCUCCUUGAGCGUGAAUAUCGUCUAGUCAAUCAGAGGAAGAAUACAAUUGAUACGAAUGCACAGAUAACCGAUCAUAGCACUUCCGCCACAACGACAGUGAGUCCCAUGAGUUCCCUCUAUGAUCCAUUCAAAAGACAAGAUUCCACGAGGAAAAGCAUACGACAGAGCUUUUCGAGUAUAUUUCGACGUCCAAGUGCUUCGGCCGUCGCAGGCAUAAUUCAACUAAAAUCAUUCUUCCUCGGGAGUUCAUCUGGUAACAGCAUAAUGAUGAAGGAGACCUCAGAGCCUCAAUCACUCGAUUCGUGGUCUUCAAUUAAUUCAUCCAUAGCCACAACUUCCAAGAGCAAUGGUCGCACCAAAGACCUAGCAAUAUGUGCAGUCGUUCUCGAUGAAUGGCUCAAGGAAUUGUCGGCAAUUUCUCAGGAGCAGUCAAUUCUGAUGAUUCCGUAAUCAUCACUAAAUCUUUUUUUUAGGAAUGUUUUUUACCCUUCAAAUCUGUGCUCAAAUUGUUCUUAAGCCGCAAGACAAAGUCUUCAGGAUACAAUUUACUAAAACAAAAAACAAAAAUAUUGUGACAUUAUUUUUUAAUCAAGCUGAUAGUUUGUUUUGUUAUUUUAUGAAUGAUUACUUUUAACUAUAUUUUACAUUGUAUUUGUACAAAAAAAAACGAAAAUCUGUGAAAGAGAAGAUAUUGCGAGAGAUAAAAUUAAUUUUCAUAUUUUUAUCAUGUAAAUAACGUAUAAAAGAGAUUGCAUUAAAAAUGAAUUUUAUUAAUAGUUUUAA